AGAUAACCGUUAAUUAAAAAAACUCAAUCAACAUGUCUUUGGAUGAACAAUUCAAUGCCGCCGCUGAAAGCGUCAAGACCAUGACCAAGCGUCCCACCGACGAAGAGUUCUUGGAAUUGUACGCCCUCUUCAAGCAAGCCACCGUUGGCGACAACACCACCGACAAGCCCGGUAUGUUGGACUUGAAGGGCAAAGCCAAGUGGGAAUGGUGGAACAAGCAAAAGGGCAAGACCCAAGAAGCCGCCAAGAAGGAAUACAUUGAAUUCGCCGCCAAAUUGGUUGCCAAAUACGCCUAA